AUGAGUCAUGACCAAGUUCGGCCGAACAAGGCAAAUGAAGCCAAUCAAACAUUACGGGGAACCAGGAUAGCAACGAGAAUGAGAAUCAGGUUCUCGGCCCUCGUGCCGCAGCAGGUUCCCGCGCUGCUGGCCAAGCUCGAGGCUCACCUGCCAUAUUCCAUCCCGCUGUUGCGCAGGAUCCAGUUCCACCUGCACCAGCCCGUUUCGCAGACGGCAAAGAUCUUUGUCGCCAUUGCUAUUAAUGAUGGUGACGAUGAUGCUCCUGUGGAGACGGACAGGGGCGGGGAUGGUGAUGGGCAGAUACAUGACCGGAGGAAGAGUGAAGUCGGAAAUGAUUCGCGGGUUGUGGAUCGGUGGCUGAGAGGUUCUUAUGGGAGGGGCCACGAUGAGAAGACCACGGCAGCGGCAGAGACAGAGACGGAGGCAGAAGCAGAGGCAGACUCGCAACCGUGGAUUGCAGCGCACAUCGACCUCGUCAACGCUGGACAGACCCAGGUCUGGGUAUUCGCGAGCUGGGAGGCAGAUGGACGAGAUCCUUUCCCAUCGUCGAUGUCGACCUCAGCCUCAACAUCACAAUCACUAUCACCGUCACCCGCAUUCUCCUCCUCCCCCUCUUCUUCUUCUUCUUCCACCAACUCUUCCGCUUCCUCACCUGCUUCUCCAGUCCACGACGCCCUCGUGCGCGCUCUCUUCCACUACAUCCGCAACGACCUCGUCCCCAGCCUCCCGACUUCCCCGCCAGACGAGUGGCUGGAGCUGCAGCGUACGGGCAAGUACCUCUCGACGCCCUACUCGCGGGACAAGGUGCUGUUCGGAACCGUCGGCGAGAAACUGUGGCGUCAUUUUCCGCUCCAGGCCAGGACCAGGACCGAUGCCGGGUACUGGAAGUAUUUGUUCCGGGUCUUUGAAGGAGAGAAGUCACUACCGUCAUCGUCGUCAUCUUCGUUGUCGUUGUCCCAGAAUCAACAUCAUAAUUAUGAUGAUGAGGGUGGUGGUGGUGAUCGUGAAACAAGGACACCGCCAACCUCCUCCGGCGUCCCAUCCUCCUCCAUCCCUCUCCUUCCACCAGGCUACGAAUUCGGCCCCAUGCGCCCGUCAGACCUGCAGACCGUGCUGGACCGCACGCCCAUCCCGCGGACCCUGGCCACGCUGCGCCAGUUUGUCUCCCUCGGCCUGUUCCACCGAGGCGAACAAGCAAGCCCCGGUUCCGGUCGGGGUCCGGCCGUCGGCUGGGGCUUCCUGGGCAAAGACGCCAGUCUUUCCAGCCUGCACACCGAGCCCGAGCAUCGUGGCAAAGGCCUGGCGGUGGCGUUGGGCCGCGAGCUCUUGAGACGCCAGCAUGUUGUGUCUCCUUCAGAUGCCGCGGCGGAGGCGGGGGUGGAGGUGGAGGAGGGGAAAGGGGGAGAGAUAGCACACGGUGAAGUCGGACACGGACACGGGAAUAUAUCGAGAAAGCCGACAAUACGCUCCUCCCCCAGCACCACCGGCGCCAAAACCUUUACUUGGGCCCACGCAGACGUCUCCCAAUCCAACACGGCGAGCCGGCGCGUCAUGGAGAAAUUGGGCGGCGUGGCCCUGUGGAUGGUCAUGUGGACAGAGGUGGACAUGGAGAAGAUGCUGUCCUCCUCGGGGUCCUCGUCGUUGGCGUCAUAA